UUGAAAUAAUAAAUACUUCACAGCAUUGAAACAAUCAAAAAAUAAUAAUUGUUUCAAAUUAGAGAAAAUAAGAAUACUUUUUGUUCGCGAAAAUGGCAAGAAAAAUCGUGAGACCAAACCGAUAAAAUAAUUUCUUCUUUAUCGUUUUGUUCCAGUUGAUAACAAUUUUGAUGAUUGAGGCCAUUCGAUAAGUUAUAUGUGAUCCGCUUAUCAUCUCAAAGGUCGUUUAUUGAAAAAAUAAGAAUUAUUUAUAAUAUGCGCAUUUAUGAAAGUCACAAAAUUACAAUAAACCACUUUUAAAAUCUUAUUCUACACAAACCUACUGUAAAAGUUGUAGAGAAAACUGAAAGUUGAAGAGAGCAUAGAGAAAUAGAGAUAUACAACUGCUGACGUCUUUUCGGCACUCAGCUGACGCACUUUGCGCGCAUCUUCGCAAUAGAUUUUCCGGAUUUACUCUAUUUUGGUAAUACUGAAUUCAAGUAUGGCAAACGACGAAGAGUUCUUUAUUGUUCGAUGUCGAGGACCUUCAAGCUAUCGUGAAUCCGUCUAUAAAUACCUAACAGGACAACCAUCUGAUUGGAAUCGAAAUUCUGUGUUUUUGAGAAAUAUGCAUGUCGGAAGAGCAAAAAAUGUCAAAGAAAUCUUCAAUUGCAUAUUACAGACACAACCUCUUCCUGUUGUACAACCUUGUCACCCAGUAAGACAACCACGCGAAAGCUUUUACUCAUCUCAUGAACAUGAUCCAAUGGAUGAAGUUUUACUACAAGAAGUGAAGGAAGAAGCUCAUUCACUGGCUUUCAAAGGAAUACCAAUUGAAACCAAGGGUCCUACACCAUCAUCAACUAUUAUGAAUCCUGAAGUUACGCUUAGAGACGUUCUGACGUUUCACAAAAAUAUUAAAAGAAGACCACAAGAGACAAAACCGGCAAAAUUUGAUUUCUCCGCAAUGCCAUCAACUUCUCGACUUCCACCUACAUCUCCAAAACGCUACCGCCAGUUUGCACCUCCUCCAAUCUCUAUGAAACAGUCUCCCAAAAUUUGUGCCAAAACUGUUUCGUGUCCGAGUACGUCCGAAGUAAAGAGCCCACCAAAAAAGAUGAUUAUACAGAAGAUACAGAAACAUCAGGAAGCACCGAAACCAGCAAAAGUGCCAAAAAUCAAAGGCGAAAAGAAGAAAAAAGAUGGUCGACAAGAUGAACAAGAAGAAAUUGAUAUUGAGUUGAAACUCAGCAAAUCUACAGUAUCCAGUCAGACAUUGAAACGACACAACAUCAGUUUCGAACGAAAACCACAAAGAGGAAUUUGAAUGGAAAAAAAUGAUUGAUUCAUUAUUAUAUGUAUAAUUGUAUCCUAUUAAGUAUUUGAUCAAAGCUUUGAUAAACAUUUUGGCAAUAAACUUAUUGAGAAUAAAAUUUUUUACAUUGAAGUGAAGUGAAAUUGAAAAUAAAUUAACUAUAAGUAAA